GUUCACUGUCUUGUGACACAGGAAAGCGUUAGAAGCUUGUAGUUAUUGUGUUGACAAGAAGACGCCACAGGCGUUUUUACCAUAGAGUGAGAGUGAGACAGACAGACAGACAGACAGAGAGAAAGAGAGAAAGAGAGGUGUCAACAAAAUUAAUGCAGAUUAAAAUGUACUAGAAACAAAUAAAAACAUGCUGUUAAUACGAACCUGCAGACUGAACCCCACUGUGUCUGUGUCUCUGGCUUUGCAGAGACACUCAUUCGCGGUGCUUCGACGCAACAACAUGGCCUCAGACGCGACCACCCGCUUCGACUUCCUGGUGAUCGGCGGCGGCAGCGGAGGUUUGGCCGGAGCCCGGAGAGCGUCCGAGCUCGGAGCAAACGCCGCCGUGAUCGAGAGUCACAAACUCGGAGGUACCUGCGUCAACGUUGGCUGCGUCCCAAAGAAGGUUAUGUGGAACGCAGCAGUUCAUGCUGAGUAUCUCCACGACCACAGCGAUUACGGCUUUGACGUGGAAAAUGUCCGUUUCAGUUGGGAAACUCUCAAGGCCAAAAGAGAUGCUUACGUUGGCCGCCUGAACCACAUUUAUCGCAACAAUCUUGACAAGGCUAAAAUCCAAUUCAUUCAAGGUUUUGCCAGGUUCACAGAUGACCCUGAGCCGACAGUGGAGGUCGACGGGAGAAAGUACACAGCGCCGCACAUCCUCAUUGCCACUGGAGGGCAGCCUUCUCUUAUGAAUGAUGCUGAAGUUCCAGGGGCAAGUCUGGGUAUUACCAGCGACGGCUUUUUUGAACUUGAAACUCUGCCAAAACGCAGUGUGGUUGUGGGUGCUGGUUACAUCGCAGUGGAGAUGGCAGGCAUCCUCUCCACUCUGGGCUCCAAAACAUCUCUCAUUAUUCGGCAAACGGGGGUUCUGAGGAACUUCGACAGCCUCAUAAGUGCAAACUGCACCAAAGAGCUGCAAAACUCUGGCAUAGACUUGUGGAAGAACUCGCAGGUGAAGUCCGUGAGUAAGACGGACAAGGGCCUGGAGGUGACGCUCGUCACCAAAGACGCGGAGAAGAAUAACGGCGAGGAGAAGAUCAGCACCAUCCAGGAAGUGGACUGUCUUCUGUGGGCCAUCGGCCGGCAGCCCAACACCGCUGGCCUGAACCUCAGCAAGACGGGUGUGGAUACAGAUGAAAGAGGUCACAUCAUUGUGGAUGAAUUCCAGAACACCAAUCGAUCUGGGAUCUACGCGUUGGGAGAUGUUUGUGGCAAAGCUCUUCUCACACCCGUUGCCAUUGCUGCGGGCAGAAAGCUGGCACACAGACUGUUUGAGGGCAAGAAGGACUCCAAGUUGGACUACUCCAGUAUUCCCACAGUGGUGUUCAGCCACCCACCCAUCGGCACAGUGGGCCUCACAGAAGAGGAGGCCAUCACAUCUUGGGGAAAGGAGAAUUUGAAGAUCUACAAGACUUCUUUCACUCCAAUGUAUCACGCUAUCACAAGCAGGAAGAGUCAGUGCAUCAUGAAGCUGGUGUGUGUGGGCAAGGAGGAGAAGGUGGUGGGCCUGCACAUGCAGGGCCUGGGCUGCGACGAGAUGCUGCAGGGUUUUUCUGUGGCCAUCAAAAUGGGCGCUACCAAAGCAGACUUUGACAAGACUAUUGCCAUUCACCCCACCUCAUCUGAAGAAUUUGUCACCAUGCGUUAAAGCAAGCGGUCUUCAUCGCUCUCACUACAGCUUGACAGCUGGUCUUUUUUUUUUAGGAUAAAAAACCUAUAUACUUCCAAUUUUCUUUCAUUUAAGUGACCUUAUUUGUGAACACUGAAUCCUUCAUUUCUAAUUUUCCAUCUAAAUGGACCAAGAGUCAUGGCCUCCUUAAACUGUACAUUUGAAGGAUCAUGGAAUGGAAGUGGUGGAUCUGCCGGUAUUGUUGUCAAGUGAAUGAGAAGCAGAAGACCUCUCCUCUCUUAUAUUGUAUUGUGUGUUUUGUGAUUUGUCAUGUAUGAGCACUGCUGCUUCUUGUGGCCCCUAUUUACUACCAAUGAAAGGUCAUAGUGUAAAUCCACUGUACAGUUUUCAAGAUUCAAUAAACCUGGCAGGUUUGUCUUACUUAUUGAAAAUCUUUUA